CACGUGACCAUGACGCCCCGUAAACAUGGCGGCCGCCGCUGACAGUUGGGAGAGCUCGGUGCGGAGGAGACGUGUUGACGGCAGAAAGACACAGUCAAAGUGUGCGGACAGCAGCGAGCAGGAUGCAGCGAACAGCGCCGAGGACCCGCAGGAAGAAACGGCACCUCAGUCGUUACGGACCGGGACUCACUGGCUCACUCGCAUCGUGCUGCUGCGCUCCGUCGCCUUUAUUUACUUUGUGGCGUUCAGUGUCGCGUACAACCAAAACAAGCAGCUGAUAGGCGAGCGAGGCUUGAUGCCCUGCAAGAGCUACCUCAACAGCGUGAAGCGCUACGUGGGGGGGCGGAUAGGCAUGGCCGCCUUCGCCUACACGCCGUCCGUCCUCUGGCUGCUGGACUGGAGCGACAUGGAUGGCAACCUGGACGGCAUUGCCCUGGUGGGGAUGGCGCUGUCUGCCUUCGUCCUAGUGACGGGAAUGGCCAACGUGGUUGUCAUGGUUACGCUGUGGGUGCUCUACCACUCCCUGGUCAGCGUGGGGCAGCUGUGGUACUCCUUCGGUUGGGAGAGUCAGCUGCUGGAGACCGGAUUUCUAGCCAUUUUCCUGUGUCCGGUGUGGACUCUGUCCCAGGUCCCCCGCCGCUGUCCCCCCUCCCUCAUCUGCAUCUGGACUUUCAGAUGGCUCAUCGUUCGCAUCAUGCUGGGAGCUGGUCUCAUAAAAAUCCGAGGCGACAAAUGCUGGAGGGAUCUCACUUGCAUGGACUACCACUACGAGACCCAGCCAGUUCCCAACCCCAUGUCCUACUACAUGCAUCGCUCGCCGUGGUGGUUUCACCGCCUGGAGACGCUCUCCAACCACCUCGUCGAGCUCAUCUUCCCGCUCUUCACUUUCUUGGGCCGGAGGAUGUGCAUGUUCAACGGAGCAACCCAGAUCCUGUUCCAGGUGGUUCUGAUAGUGAGUGGGAACCUCAGUUUCCUCAACUGGCUGACCAUCGUUCCCAGCCUGGCCUGUUUUGAUGACGCGUCGCUGGCCUUCUUGUUUUACUCUCGAGGAGGAGCCAAGAAGACGGUGCUCGAGAUCCAGAAUGAGGACUCAGCCGGACGGACCGCCAAACCCACCAAAGGUAUGUUGAUGCGCCGGGCGGUGAACAUUUCUUUGGGGCUUCUGAUUGGCUGCCUGAGUGUUCCCGUGGUGAUGAACCUGCUCAGUUCCAAGCAGGUGAUGAACACCUCUUUCGACCCGCUGCGCAUCGUCAACACCUACGGGGCCUUUGGCAGCAUUACCAAGGAGCGUACCGAGGUGAUUUUCCAGGGCACACUCAGCCAGGAUCCCAAGGACCCGCAGGCGCUGUGGGAGGAGUACCAGUUCCUGUGUAAGCCAGGGGACCUCCACCGAAGGCCCUGCCUCAUAUCACCAUACCACUACCGGCUGGACUGGCUCAUGUGGUUUGCUGCCUUCCAGACCUACGAGCAGAGCGAGUGGGUGAUCCACAUAGCGGGGCGUCUGCUGUCCAACGACAGCGCAGUCCUCUCGCUGCUCGACCACAACCCCUUUCAGGGCAGGGAGACUCCCAGGUGGGUUCGAGGGGAACAUUUCCUGUACAAGUUCAGCCAGCCGGGCAGCGCCAGCGCAGCUCAGGGGAAGUGGUGGCUGAGAAAACGCAUCGGGGCCUACUUCCCCCCCGUGGACCUGGAAGGACUCAGGGGCUACUUCAAGUCCCGGAGCUGGCCCCACCCACACAUAGCAGGGAGCGGGCGGGAGGAGAAGUGAUGCCCGACGAGGGUAUCCGGGUCAAAUCGGAGCCCCGCGGGGGUCCGGUUGGGGGAGAGAGGUCAGCUCAGGUCAUUGUCGGAACGCUGCUUCCGGUGUGGAACGUGGGUUCAAACGACCAAGGAUGCCGUCAAGGACGAGAACUGCUUCAUAAAACCUGGAAGGUUCUCGGAAGCGAUGUGAUUCUUUUUAAGGUUUCAUUGACGGAAUAAAUCUGUGAGAUUGAUUCUA